GCGGAGCAGAGCGGGGCUUGGUGUGCGCUCUCUCGCUUCACUCUCGCAGCCAAACUCCUCCGCCCCGGAGCGAAACCCACCCCCUGCCCCAUCCCCCCGGGCCCGGUUCCGCGCAGACAUGGCCAGCGGGGGCCUGCAGCUCCUGGGCUUCGUGCUGGCUUUCCUGGGCUGGAUCGGCAUCAUCAUCAGCACCGCCAUGCCCCAGUGGAAAAUGGCAUCCUACGCAGGGGACAAUAUCGUCACGGCCCAGGCGCUCUACGAGGGGCUGUGGAUGUCGUGCGCCAUGCAGAGCACGGGGCAGAUACAGUGCAAGGUGUACGACUCGCUGCUCAAGCUGGAAAGCAGUCUUCAGGCCACUCGGGCUUUGAUGGUGGCUGCAAUACUCCUGGGCCUUGUGGCUGUGUUUGUUGCUGUGACUGGCAUGAAAUGCAUGAAGUGCAUGGAAGAUGACCAGGUGAAGAAGAUGCGGAUGGCUGUCUUUGGUGGGAUAAUCUUCAUCAUUGCAGGGAUGGCAGCACUGGUGGCCACCUCCUGGUAUGGCAACAGAGUGGCUCGGGCCUUUUAUGAUCCUUUCACCCCAGUCAACACGAGAUUUGAGUUUGGAUCAGCUCUCUUCAUAGGCUGGGCAGCUGCUUCUCUGGCCAUUCUAGGGGGAGCCUUCCUUUGCUGCUCCUGUCCACGGAGAGAAACUUCAUAUCCACCCAGCCGAGGCUAUCCCAAAAAUGCCCCCUCCACGGGGAAGGAUUACGUAUAAUGAAACAACGAAGAGGAGCUGCCAGCACUAGUAGUGAAAGCAUUUUGGAGAGGACACUACAAUGCCAUUGUCCUGAGCAGAGUUCAGACUCUAGGUUCUGCCUUCCUCUUCUCCCAAAAAUGUGUAUAUUUUUGUAAUCCUCUUUGCUACUGGACAUAACUUCUCCUUUCUCUCCCAGCCCGUGGAGGAAGGCUAGCCUAGGUUCAUAGGUAUUGCCACUGGAAAGAUGAAACCUCCAAGCUUGGGUUAACUUUUAGUAUUUGGGAGUAAAAGGGAAAAAUGAUACUGUUUUUUUUAGAUGGAUGUUGGUGCUUUUUUAGGUAUUUUUUAAAGAAAUAGAUGGUAAAAAUUCAGUCCCAUAUCCCCUUAAACUAGAGCCCAGUGUGGUGUGUGUAGACAUUAAAGGAACACAUAAACAAAGUGAUGAAGCUGAUAGCUUGAGGAGGAAACAGUUUUAGGGAAAAGACUUUACACAUAGAAAUGCUUGAAGAGAUCUAAAAUGCUCUUAUUGACAUCAUCUUCAGCCCUCUCCUUUCUGUGCAGAUUGGCGUGACAAAGUCAGUCACAAAUUGCUGUGCUUAAACUGAAACCUGUAACUGUCCAUGCAGAUGCUGUUGGCCAACAGAAGAUGGAGUAUAUCUUGUAAGUUGAUUGUAUCAGAGCAAAAGGCUGCAAAAUUGUAACCACAGAGGUUAGCAGACUCCCAAAGCAGCUGCAGGUUUCCUGGUGCCAGGAAAGAGCUAAAGGAAAAAGAUUGCCUUCAGGUUUCACUGUGUGUCUCUGGUAGGGCUGUGGCUGUUGUUCCUUAGACACAGAGUGCUGCCAGUGAUUUUGUUUCUCUGUGUUCCCACCAUAGUACCUAACUGAGCUUAAAGCUUUAUCCCCUUGUGAGGUGUACAGGCCACCUUUUAACAUGGACUCUCCUCUUUCUUUGAGUUUUUCUCAUUUGGGUUUAGCUACUGAUCUCAGUUUGCCUUCUGCAGUUAAACCAAACUGAUUGCACUGCCUCUCCCUGACGUUUCCCCAAGGAUACCUCACAUGCUGCCAUUUAAUCUUUUUCUCUUCUAAACACUUUCAGUGAUGAUAUGAAGGCAAAUUCCAAGGAAGCUGACCCAAAGGUUAUGGCAUUUUCUUUUAAUCCAAGCUCACCAAAGAGGAAGAAGCUAACAUUUUAAAGAUAAAGCCAUCCUUGAAUAUUAAGUUGUGUCUAAAAAAAAAUGCAGCUCAUGAAAAGUUCCCACCCCUUCCUCCAAAACACCCAGCCAGUCAGUCACUUGGUGUUUCACUAACUGCCUGAGGCUGGCUGGAGGAAGUCUCAAUUCCUAGAAGGAUGGUACCAGUUCUCCAAAGCUCAACAUUUAUUUUUCUACAGAAGGAAACUGGUUGCUUCUGACUAGGCUUUAUAAUUGUGUAUGUAUUCAGAAGCAUUAGAUGUCUUUUAUUUCCUUCUGUAGACAGGGAGAGUCUCUGGGGCUGAGCUAUGUACAGCCAUGGUGUUGGUGGUUUGUAUGAGCCUUGUACCUCUGUUUGACCUGACUCUGCAACACAAAUCAAUGUUACUAAAAGAAAACCAGAGUGUUCGCUUCAGGCUUGAUUUGAUAUUGGCCUGUACUUGCAGCUGGGUCAUGUGGCUUCCACUUCUCCAUGGGGAAUUGCCUGUGCAUAGCAGCAGCCUCAUGAGACCUCGGUCUGAGGAGGUGGCAGCUCAGGUCACAUUAAAGAGCUGCUGAAGUCUGUGCUUUUGUAUUUGCAUUAACCCUGAGCCAGGGAGCAGAUGCUUGUAUUUGGAACUUGUAUAAAGUGUUUAAACAGUUUCAAUAAAUGGACUUUUUUAAGGAAAA